CAGUGUUCUAGUUGGGUAAUAUGAGGGUUCUCACCUCUGGCUUCCAGAGGUCCCCAGCUCCACGCCUGUCCAGUCCCCGGUUCGUCCACCUGAGGUCCCCAGCUCCGCGCCUGUCCAGUCCCCAGUUCGUCCGCCGGAGGUCCCCAGCUCCGCGCCUGUCCAGUCCCCGGUUCGUCCACCUGAGGUCCCCAGCUCCGCACCUGUCCAGUCCCCAGUUCGUCCGCCGGAGGUCCCCAGCUCCGCGCCUGUCCAGUCCCCGGGCCGUCCGCCCGAGGCUCCCAACCCCAUACCUGUCCUGGUUCCGGUUAGUCCGUCCGAGGCUCCCAACUCCACAACUGUCCAGGUUCCGGGUCGUCCAUCCGAGGCUCCCAACUCCACAACUGUCCAGGUUCCACCCGAAGUUCCCAGCUCCACACAUGCCCAAACUCCGGCCGUCCGCCUGGAUCAUCCCGCUCCCUGUGGUGGAGGACGACCACCACGUCAGCAGGGUUUUUCGGCCCUCGGGAGCUGGUCGUCAAGGAUACGCCAUGCUCCACCCUCUACUAAUCAUCCACACCUGCUCCCAAUCACACUCUUGCUCCACAUUAGAUCCCAAUCACAGCCAGCAUAAAAGCCCUGCAUUCACCUCAGUAUGUGUCCGACCUCGUUUGUGACUAGGACUCUCCAUGAUACUCGGCCUAUUCUCCCUUCUCCAGCGCUCUCCUUUCCCCAGCGCUCAACCGUCUCCAGUGAUCUCCGGUCUCCAGCGAAUCUUCCCUCCUACGGACUUCCCUAUCAAUAAACCAGUACUGUCGGGCUGUUCUCCAAUAACGAACAUUCUAUAUCUAUCUUGGUGUCCCCUGCCUGUCUGUUCCGUAACAGUCAUGGUGCCAGAAAAGUUAACAUCUCACUGCAACCACAUGGGUUUAUGUGUGUGCAUGGGUAUGUAUGUUUACAUGCCCAAUGCACGAUUAUUCCUGUGAUUUGGUAUCAAAAAUGUUUGACAUUUUGAGAUUUCUGUAAGAAUUGCAUUUUUCAGCGAUUGGCGGGCGAGCACUUCUGUUCUGGAAAUUGCUCAGAAACCCCCUUAUUGUCAAUAUACCUAGGCAAGCCAUCGGUUUAUAGCCACCCUCUGAAUGUACUAGGUCUCUAGUUUGGGGUUGUAAAGUUUAAUGAGGCUGUGAUUAUUACAGGUCACAGUAGGUCAUUUUGUACAGUCACGUUUUAAAAAAAUGGUCUUACUACGAUGAAAUGGCUACUAUGAGGACUAACAUCAUCCCACAUGAAUACAAUUGGGCUCAGUGAAUCCACAAGAUUCUGCGACCUCUACUGGUCGUAGUAAUUUGUCAUAGUAUAAAGAGCGAGAA